GUUACUGACGGUGCCGAAUCCGCCUUUUACACUGAGUGCGACAUUUUUAGAAGAAGAAGAAGAAAUAGAAGCAGAAGAAGAAACAAUAACGAUUUUAACUCGUGGAAACAUGGGGCGGUCUGGUACCCGACGGCGAUACCAUGAGGAUGUCAUGUCAGAUGAAGAAAUUGAUGGUGGAAGAACAUUUGAUCUGGACGAGAAAGUGCACAGCCAAAGUUUCAAGUCUGAUCGCAUCACUCGCAUGCAAGGAAAAGAUUUCACUUAUGAAUUCUUCCAACGAGGAGGCCUCAGAGAUCCGAUCAUCUUUGAGAAAAUGGAUGGCCUUGGACUCAAGAUGCCUGAUCCGAGCUUCAGUGUUAGUGAUGUCAAAAUGUUUGUUGGAAGCAGACGUAUGAUUGAUGUCAUGGACGUAAGCACGCAGAAGGGGCUGGAGAUGUCCAUGGCCCAGUGGACACGGUACUAUGAGACAGCUCCCCCUCUAAGAGACAAGCUCUACAAUGUCAUCAGCUUAGAAUUUAGCAACACAAAGUUGGAAAACCUGGUGAAGAGACCUUCCACGCUUGAUCUUAUUGACUGGAUUGACAACAUGUGGCCCCGUCACCUGAAGGAGAGACAGAGGGACUCAACCAACGCCAUCAGUGAUAUGCAAUAUCCCAAAGUGCAAAAGUAUUGUCUGAUGAGCGUGAAAGGAUGCUAUACAGACUUCCACGUAGACUUUGGAGGAACGUCUGUGUGGUACUAUGUUCUAAAAGGAAGCAAAGUUUUCUGGUUGAUCCCUCCCACCACUCAGAACUUGGAAUUAUAUGAAAACUGGGUGCUGUCGGGGAAACAGGGAGAUGUGUUCCUUGGGGAUCAAGCUUCUGACUGCCAAAGGAUUGAAGUUCGACAAGGGUGCACCUUCAUUAUACCAUCAGGUUGGAUUCAUGCUGUCUACACCCCUAUGGAUUCAAUUGUCUUUGGAGGAAACUUCCUUCACAGCUUUAAUAUUCCUAUGCAACUUAACAUCUGCAAUUUAGAGGAUCGCACAAGGGUUCCAAUGAAGUUCCGUCACCCAUUCUAUUAUGAAUUGUGCUGGUAUGUUUUGGAACGCUAUAUCUUCAGUCUCACCAAGAAGUCCUACCUCACACCCGAGUUCCAGAAGUUGUCCUUGGACAAUGAUCCAUCAUUUCAACAGGUGGCGGAAGAAGAUAAGAGUGUCAAUGAAGAGGUUUCAGAGCGCAAGUCCGACAGACCUGCAGUACAUUUGACCCCAUUGGAGCUGGAGGGGCUGUGGAAUUUGGUGGGCAAACUUGAGUCACUGCCAUCCAACAAGAAGUGCGUCCCACAAGGCAUCCAAAAUUCCAUGGAACUCAUCACACGCAUGAAGGCAAUACUAAAGGAGCACGCCAAUGAUGACCCAAAGCAAUCUUACACCGGAAAACCUAUUGUCAAGUGGCCAAAGAUGAUUUCAAACUACCAGCCGGUUCUACCACCACCUAUUCGUCCCAAACUGACUGCUGCUUCCGUCAUGCCACGACCACAGAAGCCUGCUUCUUCUAUCUCUGUUCUCAGAAGACGUCGGGUCAGAUGUAAGCGCUGUGAGGCAUGUAUGAGAUCUGAAUGUGGUGAUUGUAAUUUCUGCCGAGACAUGAAAAAGUUUGGAGGACCUGGAAAGCUCAAACAAACCUGUGUGCUGCGCCAGUGUCUCUCACCAGGACUUCCACUGUCUGCUGUUUGUGAAAUAUGCAAGGAGACUAACCAAGAUGAAACUGGGGAUCACUUCUUUACCCUGAUGGAAUGUUCCAACUGUGCACAAAUAGUCCACCCUUCUUGCCUUGUGGUUCGGGGUGAAGGAAUUAUCAACAAAGACCUUCCAAGCUGUUGGGAAUGUCCAAAAUGUGUUCAAGGAAUCACUGACUCUGAGAAGCGUAAAUCUUCCUCCCUGCUGGAUUCUCGCAUGGCUAAGAUAUUUCGACAUCAGAGACAUAGAGAUGGAAAUGACUCCAGUGAUGAUGACGAGGAUGAAGACACACAGAGAAAAAGGGUAAGGAUGCACCGAGGAGGAUACCAGUCUUCCAGGAGGGGUUUUCGAACCAACAGAAGAGGAGGAUCGACCCACAAGGGUAGCAGAGAAGGCCUUGUAACUACUGGUUCUUCCUCCAUCCUCAAGAUGAAGGCUGGUAGAAGGAGAGGGGUGAGAUUAAGGGGUGGCUCAAGGAUGCAGCAAAGAGGUGCUUCUACUGAUGAAUCCGGGGAUGAUGAUGAAAUGGAGGACGAUGACGACAGUGGAAUGGGAGACCAAGAUCAAACUCUCGAUGAAUGUAGUAGAAGGGGUAGAAGCGAUGAUGAGGAUGAUGACUGUGACAAAGAGGACUUUGACCCAGAAGAUGAGGACAUGGACCUAGAUUAUGAAGAAGAACAGGAAGGACUCUGGGAUUCGGAUGAAGAACCUCCAGUACUCCUGAUGUCUGACCUGAAUGAUGACAUACUUUGCGGCUCCUAUCUGACUGUGACUCUCCAGCGCCCCACCAAGACCGAUAAACAAUCUGUUUUUAUAGUUCCAAAAAUGGAAGCUGCCAUGGGUUUUAGGACUCCCCCAGGAAAUGCAGGUGGUCGCCCAAACUUCAACCGGAAGAACACUUUUUCUAAACCUUUGAGGUUCAAGAGCAAUGACAACACGCGGGAUGGCCAAAGUCCACAUUCCGCAGGAAGGCCAAGUCUUCGUGGCAACUGUGCUAUCCGGGGCACUAUGGAUCAGUCAGAGGACAGGGAACCCUCUACUUCUGUCUUUACUACACUGUCACCUCCAUCCCUGCUGUCCUCUACAUCUUUUCAGGGUGUGGAUGAGAGUGGAGGAGGAGAAAAGGAAGUGUGGGUGUCUGUUUUCAGAUACCUUAACAGAGCUGAGCUGCUCACAUGCAUGACUGUCUGUAAAGCCUGGUAUAAAUGGAGCUUUGAUAAACAUCUAUGGAGACAUCUGGAUAUGAGUCAGUUAAAUCCACUCAGUAACCAGGCCUUAGCAGGUAUCAUAAAGCAUCAGCCCAUAUCUUUGGACCUCUCAUGGACACCGCUGGCCAAAAGACAGCUCAACUGUCUUCUCACUAGGGUCCCAGGUCUACGAGAAUUAAGAGUUGCUGGUCUGUCUUGGUCAUGCCUGUCAGCAUUGGUCUCGCCGACUCUUCCCCAUCUUCGACUUCUGGAUCUGCGGUGGUGUGAAGGCAUCAAAGAUACCCAAUUUAAAGAACUCCUCACCCAACAUGAUUCACAAUCAUCUCGAUGCAGACUAAAGAACAUGGUGGCACUGUACCUGUCUGGUCUGGAUAUAAAUGAAUCCACUCUAAGACUUAUGCAGCAUCACAUGCCACACUUGGAGAAACUGGACUUGUCUCACUGCAAGAACAUUAAGGAUUCUUCAAUAGCUAUGUUGGCAGCAGGGGGGACACACACUCGCAACAACCUGAAAGAACUCAUUCUAGCAGGCUGUGACCAGCUCAGUGAUGGAUGCAUGUCCUACCUGAAACGCCUCUCCUCUUUAUCUCUUCUGGACUUAAGAGGCUGCAAGAACGUCAGUAUUCAAGCCUGCAACGUCUUCAUCUCUGACCUUUCACACAUUGCCCAAUACUGUAUGAUGGAGGAGAAGGUCAUCCAAUAUCUGAACUAAAAGGCUGUUGCGUGGUCGAAAAAAAAACACCUCUCCAGAAGAUGUUUUUCUGACAAGCUAAGAUUUUGCAAGUCACGCUAAGAAAGGACUGACUUUUUUUUUGUUUUUUAAAAAAUUUUUUAUUACCGAGCUGAUUGGUCACUGACAGCACGCACACAUGACAGUCGCAAACAUAACACACUUGUUUUUUUUUUCAUUCGGUCUGCUGUUUAGACAACAAUCGAAACACGUUUUCAUUCCAACUAUUACUGACAGUUAGUGGCGCUACUAAGGGUGCAAACUCAUCGCUCUACACCAGGGUUGCCCAAACUGGUGUUCUGCAGUUCCUUUUCCACGGCGAGACGUCUACACAAUGCUCAGUGCACGUGCGCUUCCGCAUUCGUGCGCACAUCGGUUAAAAGCGAAAAGUACUCACUAUUUUUGUUUUGAGUUUUUAUUACCUUUUCAUUGCCUCAAAUACUUUUCACAUCUGUUUCCCUCCCAUACUUUUAACCAUUGUGUUUUCUUGUGGUUGCUUUAAAGCAGAGUGUUGAUCUGUUGACCACAUUAGUCACGUAGCGUAUUUAAAACCUUCCUUAUUUGAUAUACAGUGGGGCAAAUAGUUAUUUAGUCAACCACUAAUUGUGCAAGUUCUCCCACUUGAAAAUAUUAGAGAGGCCUGUAAUUGUCAACAUGGGUAAACCUUAACCACGAGAGACAGAAUGUGGGGGGAAAAAACAGAAAAUCACAUUGUUUGAUUUUUAAAGAAUUUAUUCGCAAAUCAUGGUGGAAAAUAAGUAUUUGGUCAAUACCAAAAGUUCAUCUCAAUACUUUGUUGUGUACCCAAACAUUUUCUGUAACUCUUCACAAGGUUUUCACACACUGUUGCUGGUAUUUUGGCCCAUUCCUCCAUGCAGAUCUCCUCUAGAGCAGUGAUGUUUUGGGGCUGUUGUUGGGCAACAGGGACUUUCAACUCCCUCCACAGAUACUCUAUGGGGUUGAGAUCUGGAGACUGGCUAGGCCACUCCUUUGUUGCCCUGGCUGAGUGUUUGGGAUCAUGGUUAUGCUGAAAGACCCAGCCACGUCUCAUCUUCAAUGCCCUUGCUGAUGGAAGGAGAUUUUCACUCAAAAUCUCUCGAUACAUGGCCCCAUUCAUUCUUUCCUUUACACAGAUCAGUCAAGCUGGUCCCUUUGCAGAAAAACAGCCCCAAAGCAUGAUGUUUCCACCCCCAUGCUUCACAGUGGGUAUGGUGUUCUUCGGAUGCAAUUCAGUAUUGUUUCUUCUCCAAACACGAGAACCUGUGUUUCUACCAAAAAGUUCUAUUUUGGUUUCAUCUGAUCAUAACACAUUCUCACAGUCCUCUUCUGGCUCAUCCAAAAGCUCUCUAGCGAACCGCAGACGGGCCUGGACGCGUACUGGCUUCAGCAGGGGGACACGUCUGGCAGUGCAGGAUUUGAGUCCCUGGCGGCGCAUUGUGUUACUGAUAGUAGCCUUUGUUACUGUGGUCCCAGCUCUCUGUAGGUCAUUCACUAGGUCCCUCCGUAUGGUUCUGGGAUUUUUGCUCACAGUUCUUAUCAUUUUGACGCCACGGGGUGAGAUCUUGCAUGGAGCCCCAGAUCGAGGGAGAUUAUCAGUGGUCUUGUAUGUGUUCCAUUUUCUAAUAAUUGCUCCCACAGUUGAUUUCUUUACACCAAGCGUUUUACCUAUUGCAGAUUCAGUCUUCCCAGCCUGGUGCAAGUGUACAAUUUUGUCCCUGGUGUCCUUCGACAGCUCUUUGAUCUUGGCCAUAGUGGAGUUUGGGGUGUGACUGACUGAGGUUGUGGACAGGUGUCUUUUAUACCGAUGAGUUGAAAUAGGUGCCGUUAAUACAGGUAACAAGUGGAGCCUCGUUAGACCUCGUCAGAAGAGGUUAGGCCUGUUUGUAGGUGACCAAAUACUUAUUUUCCACUCUAAUUUGGACAUAAAUUCUUUAAAAAUCAAACAAUGUGAUUUUCUGUUUUUUUCCCCACAUUCUCUGGAUCUCAUGGUUGAGGUUUACCCAUGUUGACAAUUACAGGCCUCUCUAAUCUUUUCAAGUAGGAGAACUUGCACAAUUGGUGGUUGACUAAAUACUUAUUCGCCCCACUGUAACUACGUUUAAGUAGUUUCUUAAGGCAUUUUUGAGUACGUUCUGCCUGUAUGCAUCUAAACAAACUAAGUUGAAAGCACACGGUAGUACUUUGGGUGUCAAAUUUGCCUCAUGUAGACGUUUCGCCAUUUUGGCAGAACACCGGUCCUCAAGGGCUGCUAUGGGUCCUGGUUUUUCUUACCGGUCAUGCACAGAGGGUUUACCUAUGACGUUUCCGCUAAAACAAGCAGCACCUGACUACAGUCAACUGAUUACACUUGUGAGACACCAGAUUGGUGCAAAGGUGUCGUCCUAUUAUGUUGGAAAGAAAUCCAGCACCCACGGCGCCCCAAUGUGGAAUAGUUUAGGGACCCCUGCACGUCUCAAAAUUUGUCCAACGACAAGGGAGUUCGGAGAGACAAUCAGAAAUGGCAUUUGCAAGCUCUUUAAGUUGGUGUGUUUUGGGGAUCAGGUGAUACCUGAGGGGAGGGGCUAGUUGUGUUGAAAGGAGGCAUUUUUAAAAGUAGGGAGAGUGAGGUGGACUGAUUUCUGUUUUUUUUGUGUUGAGAUGUUGCUGCUGAACUCAUUGAAACAUUUAGUAAAUAGUCAUUUUUCUUGUUGUUAAUAGUAAAUGGUGAACUUUGUGUUUCUUGGAGGGUGAAAAAAAUAAACUAUCUUUCACAAAAAAUAUUUUGACUUUACCAUCAGUUGUUGAGAAAUGUUCUUUAAAGGUGCCAUAUGGAGUUUUUCUACUCGCGACUGUCAUCUCUGGCCUAAAGUUUAGUUAAUCUCAUCCAUGGCGCACAUAUUUGUCGCCCAUCAAAGUAGCACCAAAAAUGUAAAAAAAAAAAAAAAAAAAAACACAAAACGUGAUUGUUAACUUAUAGUAUUAAGUGGGUUAGGAAAGUGUUUUUGCCAAGCGGAGACUAAGCAGAGGCUCAGUGAAACUGCAUUGCUGCCACGGGGACGUACACAGGCACGUUUUCGGCCCAAAAUGGGAAGAGAGAGGGCUAUUUGGGGCAGUCUCAGUUAAAAUGUCAGGGCUGUGUUUACUAAAUAGGGCAUUGGUGGAGCAUGAAUAGAGUUGAAAAUUUAACACUAAAAAUUCUGUAUAGCGCCUUCAUGUUGGAUGGAAGUGGCAGCACCGUGCAGUUGGAUGUUUUGCUUAAGCAUGAACUGGAGAACUUCAAAUAAAAGAUCAUGACAUGAAGAAAACUACAUGGCGAUAUCAAGGCAACAUCUCAAGACAUUAGCCAGGAAGCUAAAACUUGGGCACGAAUGUGUCUUCCAAAUGAACAAUGACCCAAAGCACACUGCUGAAAUGGUUAAAAAGUGG